UAGAAAGGCAACAAGCAGAAGAAUGGAAAGCCACAAGUGCAUUUCAUCCUGAAUUCAUGAUAAAGCAACCGGUUUGGGAAGUUUUUCAAGAGGGCAAAAGGGAGCCAUCCAGGGGGAUGCAAGAGUGCUGGGAAGCCCAAUGGCAGGAGUUCCUGAGGACACUGCAGCCCCUUCACACAGGAGGGGGAAGCCCAGGAAUGUCAGAGGCUGCCCCGUGGGAAGAUGCCAAGGCCUUCCUGGCCUCCUUUGAGCAAGUGGCCAAGGCCUGCCGGUGGCCGAGAGGAGAGUGGGCAGCCCGGCUCCUGCCAGCCCUGAGUGGGGAAGCAGAAGAGGCCUUUCGGAGCCUGGAAGCCAGAGAUCAGGAGGACUAUGGGAAAGUGAAGGCGGCCAUCUUGCGAGGAGAAGCCCUGAGGAUGGAGGCGCAGCGCCAGCACUUCAGGCAAUUCUGCUGCCAGGAGGUCAGAGACCCCCGAAGGAUUCACAGCCAAGUCCAGGAGCUUUGCCGGCAGUGGCUGAAGCCGGAGAGACACAGCAAGGAGCAGAUCCUGGAGCUGUUGAUCCUGGAGCAGUUCCUGGCCAGCCUGCCAGUGGACCUCCAGGGCUGGAUCCGGGCAGGAGGGCCGGACACCUGUUCCCAGGCUGUGGCCCUGGCUGAGGACUUCCUCAUGAGCCAGCAAGGGGCCAAGAUGGGGAAAUGGCAGCAAGAACCGAUGGACCCCAAGGAAACGGGCCUCUCUUUCCAGAUAUUCAGGCAGAGUCCGGCCCAGCCAGGCAAACAGGCCAUCGUCUGGCAGGUCCUGCAGGAGGACGGUUGGAACAUAGAUUCUUUAGGUGUGGGGAAAGGAAGUCAGGUGAAGAUGGAAAAUUCCCGAUGUGGAGGAAAUGCACCAGAGGGCACACCCAGGACAGCCCCACAGAUAAGCGAAGUGAAUGUGCUGGAGACAGCUGAGAUACAUGAGGAAGGGUGCGAGUCCAAAAAUGGGCAGGGAAAGCAGCCCAUGAGGAGAGAGAACGAAUGUAACGAGCUCACAGAAGGUCUUACAGCUGCAAUUAUCCAGCCUUCUGAAGUACACACAAAGGGUAAAAUGCCAAUGUUCUCCAAGUAUGGUAGAAAAUAUCGCUACAGAACAGAGCAUGAUUUGAUAGAUACCAUGGAAGACCACAAUGGAUGUCCCAUAUCAGAAAAAAAUCUACAGCAAAAUACAUGCUUUGAGGAAUGUCAGAGAACAAUAAUAAGAGAGAGUAAAUCUGAAUUCUCUGAGCAUAGCGAAGGGGGUAAUUUGCACAGUCAUCAGAGUAAUCACACAGAAGAGAAACCUUAUACCCCUACUGAGUGUAGCACCAGCUUCAGUUACACGCAGUCACUAAUGGUAAAUCAAGGAAUUCAAAAUGAAGGGAGACCUUAUGAAUGUUCUCAUUGUAACAAACGCUUCAGUAAAAGAGAACAUUUGAUGAAUCAUCAGCAACUUCAUACUGGAGAGAAACAGCAUGAAUGUCCCGACUGUGGGAAAUUUUUUACUUUUAGACCACGAUUAGUGAGACACCAGAAGAUUCAUACUGCAGCGAAACCACACAAAUGUUCUCAGUGUGGGAAAUGCUUCCGAGAAAGAGCAUAUUUGAGGGUGCAUGAGAGAAUUCAUACUGGAGAGAAACCAUACAAAUGUCCUGAAUGUGGGAAAAACUUCAAUCGGAGAGUGAACUUGAUGAGACAUCUCAGAAUUCAUACCGGAGAGAAGCCAUACGAAUGUUCUCACUGUGGGAAAUGCUUCAAUCAGGGAGGAGAUUUGAAGAUCCAUCAAAGAAUUCAUACUGGGGAGAAACCAUACAAAUGUCCUCAGUGUGGGAAAUGCUUCAAUCAUCGAAGAGAUUUGAAGAAACAUCAGAGAAUUCACACUAGAGCAUUACCAAACGCUCCAAUAUUCUGCAGUUUUUGA